CCUCUUUCUCCCUAUUGGCUGGACGUCAUCUGCGUUGCCUGCGUCCGUCCCUUUCUGUUCUCCCCCUCGCCCCCGGCGCACGUCUCUUCCGUUCCGGCGGCGUCGUUUCGCUUGCGGCCUGCUUUGGUUGUUCAAGUAAUGAAGAGUCCAUCUAAUAAGCUGAAAGACCUGUUUAUAGAUAUCUAAGGAUUCUCAGCAACUCCACUUUGAUUGACUUUAAUCAUACGGCAGAACACAGUCAAAAGUGGUGUACCAAGUGGGGGCUUUUAAUCCGACUGAAGCAAAAUGAAUGAGCAUCCGAAGAAGAGGAAAAGGAAAACUCUACAUCCUUCGCGUUAUUCAGAUUCUUCUGGGGCCCCAAAAUACAUAGACAAUAGUGGCAUAUUUUCUGACCAUUGUUACAGUGUGUGUUCCAUGAAACAGCUUUCUGAUAAUCGAGGGAGGUUUCAUUAUACGGUGCAUUCCCCAGAUACUGAUGAGGAUGGGAGCCCAGUGUAUGCCCCCUGGAGUGGGACCCAGAAUAAUGUAAUGGGGUCAUCCUUCAUGGAUCCUAAAAAGAAAGAUAAACCCUCCAACAAUGGAAUUUUUAAAGAAAGGUGUGACUCGCCUCUAUUCAGCGACAGUUUAACUGAAGAGGAGAAACCACUGGACAUUCAAACAGUAGAAAUUUCCACCACAGAAGUCCAGGCUGUGGAGGUUCAUGACAUAGAAACACAGACCAUUUCUCCAGAGAAGCUGGAAGCAGAGGAAGCUGUGGAAAUCUCAGUAGAAAGCUGCAAAGUACAUGACAAGAAUCCCCCUUUGAACAUCACCAUUCAGCCAAAAUGGCCUUUGUUGAGGGCCAACAGCAGUGGUUUGUACAAAUGCGACCGAUGCACAUUCAACAGCAAGUACUUCUCGGAUCUAAAGCAGCACAUUGUUCUGAAACACAAGACGUGUUCAGAGGGCAACAUCUGCCAAGUGUGCAAGGAGAGCUUCUCCUCCAAAAAGGUGCUUAUCGAACACUUAAAAGUUCACGAGGAAGACCCUUACAUUUGCAAAUACUGUGACUACAAAACAGUGAUGUUUGAAAACCUGAGCCAACACAUUGCGGACACUCACUUCAGCGACCACCUCUACUGGUGUGAGCAAUGCGAUGUCCAGUUCUCCUCCAGCAGCGAGCUGUACCUUCAUUUCCAGGAGCACAGCUGCGAUGAGCAGUACCUCUGCCAGUUCUGUGAGCACGAAACCAGUGACCCGGAGGACUUGCACAGCCACGUAGUGAAUGAGCAUGCGGGGCGGCUGAUCGAGCUGAGCGACAGCUACCAUAGCCGGCAGCAGCAAGGGCAGUACAGCCUGGUCAACAAGAUCAGCUUCGACAAAUGCAAGAACUUCUUUGUGUGCCAGGUCUGCGGCUUCCGUAGCAGACUUCACACCAAUGUCAACCGCCACGUAGCGAUUGAGCACACCAAAAUAUUCCCCCACGUGUGCGAUGACUGCGGGAAGGGCUUUUCCGGCAUGCUGGAAUACUGCAAACAUUUGAACACUCACAUGUCUGAAGGUAUUUAUUUGUGUCAGUAUUGUGAGUAUUCUACAGGGCAGAUUGGGGACCUCAAAAUUCACCUGGACUUCCGACAUUCAGCUGAGCUGCCUCAUAAGUGCACCGAAUGCUUGAUGAGGUUUGGCAGUGAAAAAGACCUUUUAAGUCACCUUCAGGUGCAUGAAAAUGCUUGAUUGUUAUAGUAGUAUGUUUUUUUCCUUCAAGUAAUUCAGAAUAUUAGAACUUGUGAUGUAAUUUCCACAUGUGUUAUCCUAAAGUCAAACUGCAAAUGAAUUUUACCUUAUAUCACUGGGAGACAGUCACUUUAGGUAAAUCCACAUUUAUGUUGUUAUACUUGUGUUUAAUAAUAAAAUUGAAAUCAUUGCAUUCAUAGUAUUGUGAUAUCAUGGGGUUAAUGUAAAGUGAUAGAUCUAAAACACCCACAUGUGCACAGACACAUAGCUUCCUUGAAAUUUUCAGGCCAUUCAAAGAUUAUUCAAGCUGUAUCUGAGACCUUAAGCUCAACAGAUUGUUUUAUCUCUACAAAUUUUGGAUUCAUGGAUCAGGUUUUCUGCAGAUAAAAGCUAAUUGCUUCAGCAGAAACUAUGUGUUUUUGCUGUAUGUCAAUCUAUUAUUGUGAUGUGGAUUUCUGAAAGCAACCUAUUGUAAUGUGCUUUUGUUACCUAUGAAGGGAAAUAAAAUGUCCUCCAAAAGGUGUACAUUUGUACAUCUGUUGUUACUAAUACACAGUCCCCAAAUUACAGACAAGAUAGGUUCUGUAGGUUUGUGAUUUUGGAUAGCAUAGAGAUGGGUUAAAGCCCCUAUAAUAAGGGUUUGGGUUUGGGGGGGGUGGGUUCUUUUUUUGUUACCUAUGUCCCUGUUCAGAAGAUUUUACCUCCCUGUGAGAAUUGGAGUUGGAAAAAAGUUGGCUUGUGGAAACAAGGAUUGGUGAUAAAGCCUCAGAGGAGACACCUUUUCCCCCUGAUAACUCUUCCAGGGGUGAAUUUCCCCUCCUUGAGGUAGAUUUCUCUCACUUCCUGUUGUCUCACACCCACUCAACUAUGACUUGUUUGUAAGUCAGUUGUUUGUAAAUCAGGGACUGCUUGUAAGCAAAAAUGGGAAGAUGACAGAGGUCAUCUUGAUUUUCAAAGUGCAUCAAAGUAUUGUAUCUUUUUAAAUACCACAUUAGUCAAUUUCCAUGCUAAAAUUUAUAUUCAUGUAUUACAAAAAAUUGUAUGAAAUCUUUUGAACUUUUCAUCAGUGGCUAGAUCAGAAACACAGGGAAAAAGAAAAGCUAGUAUUCAACCCACCUAUUUCUGAUUACAGUAAGAUGGAAAGGGAGGGGGAGCAAUAUUCCAGUCAAGCUCUGCAGGGUCAAUUCAAAGUUCAAGGUUUUAAUUGGGUAAUUUUGGGUAACUUUGAAGAUGUGGCAAAAAUCCAGGUCUUGCUACACGGUCAUUUGUAUGUAGCAGCUUUAAACUUCAGGGGUGAUAUCUAAAUUUCAGCCAGAAAGCUUGGGAAAUUUGUAGACUUUCAGCUAAUGCAGUUUGAGAAUUAACAGGAAGCUGUGCCCUCAUCACUGAACCUAUGUAAUGUCAGUUUGAUAAACAAAUUCUUUUUAAAAUCUGGUUUAAUCGCUCUCCUGUUUCAUAUUUGCCUCUCUAGUGAGUGUCAUCCAUCUCUGAAGUCAGGUUGCAUUAAGGAGUUCAAGACAAACAUUCCUUUCUGAGCAAAGGAUAUCACUGGUGUGGCUAAAACACUUCAAAUUGCAAAAAUGCCAAAUUAUGAUGUUUGGGAAAAGCUUUUAGAAAGGAGUGCAGCUGGACAGAUGGUGUUGGACUGUCAAUCCCAGUAUCCCUCAAAACUGCUAGCAAGGAUUGGUGGGACAGUCGAACAUCUAGAUAGCUUCAUGACUCAUACCCACAUUCAGAAUCUAAAAGAACCACUGCAUCUCAACCAUUAGUAAAAGUUUAUUUGUAAUUGCUGUCACUAGAGAAAACGAAAACAUUUGUUAAUAGUUUACUAUCAAGUUGUGACAUUGAGAACAUGUUGAUUUUAUACUUAUGAAACCAAUGAAGCCUACAACUGCCUGCAUUUCCAUUUUAUUUAAGCUUCAAGUGUAGUAUAGAAAAAUGAGUGAAAUAUUACCUGUAUGUUUUCUAGAAGUGUGCUUCACUAUGUAAGAGACAUUUUACUCCGAGGAGGAUGUACAUAGAAUUGCUGUCUGAAGUAAUGUUCGAUUACACAAAUUAUUUUGUCUGAAUAGACAUUGAACCCAAAGCUUUCAAAAAUGUUUAGGGUGGCAUUUAGUCUUGAGUGCAAAGACAAACAUGUAAUGUUUUGUAAUGAAACAUGGGGUAGACUUGUGAAUAAGACCUGAAAUGGAAAAUAAAAAUGCACAUUUAUGUCGUCAUUACACUUUUGAUCUGUGGGUCAAAAUACUUUAUUUAAAAAUUAUUUGUUUAAAUAAGUGUUAAUAAAAAAGAACAAACCA